CAACUUUCCAAGCCCUCUUCCAUGCUUAAGCAAGUCACUAGAUAUGGAUGGAUGAAGCACACCAAGCAGUCCAGCUGGAAAUACUUAGCCGGGUAUGCUCACGCCCAUACGGGUUCGCGGUCGCAGGAGAAAAUACCCUGAUGAUGGAGCCCCCAAACCAAAACCCAGUGGACCCAAGGGUGGGCGACCCAUGAUAUCUCACCAGACAAAGCUCGAAUCAUCUCAGGCGCGAAGCCACAAACGAGCUCGUCUACUCGUCGUCAAACCCACCAAACCCCGGCAAUCGAUCCUGGAAUCUCUCCCCGUCGAGUUGAUUGAAAAGAUCUUCCUAUACUCUCUCAAUGUGAACUUCGCUCGCUGUUCCUCAGCCCUAGGCGCAACCGUUUCAAGUGAGCGCAUAUACAGAGCGUUGAUCCUGUUGGCGUUUUGGGAUGACUUGUAUGCAACUACAGGAGUUAUAAACCAGGCCACAGAGGCCACAAUAUCCAGGAUUCUCCGACCUGUCGACUACCACCCUCUCAGCCAUGCGGAGCGGAGACACCUCCAGGACACCAUCCUUCGCUGCAAAUGGUGCACAAUACAGCGGCUUCUGGCGCAGCUGCCGGACCUUAUGAACCUCACCAUUCAACGACACUGGUUCGGUGCAGGAAUCAGCAUGGCCCCACAUGAUCAAGAAUCAUUGACCCGAUUCCUCGCUCAGAAAGAAGACACUCGCGUCUUCGAAGGAACCGACAGCAACGGAGCCAAUCGCUACACCCUUACUGUAGCACCCCUAGUCUCAGUAACAAUCACCCACCAUGAAACCAACCAAUCAACGACCUACCCCGUCCUAGGCGUUCUUCUAAUCCCCGAUAAACUCGUCGAAGACCUCUCUAGCCCUGAUCACGUCACCUAUCUCGAACUCCUCCGCAUAGCCAGCGGAUUGAACCGCGCCGACCUCGUCAAACCGACUGUCUCUGUGUCCCAUGAAUCCCUGCAAAUCGGCAUCCACAAUGCCCUCCUCGAAAACAACACAGCCGCCUUGUCCACCCUGCUCAAAAUCGAUGAAUACCACUUCCGCAGCGAGAACCAAUCCCUCAAUCCAAAUACUGCUGUUCCUUACGUCCUCCCCGCAGAACAUUUUCGCACGGCUGUCCGGUUCGCCCGGCAUGACACAACGUUCUUUCAGCUUCUCGUGCGCGCCAGUGCGGAGUCUGUUCCGGCCGAUGAUCCGGAGAUUACAGAAUGGGCUGUGGGCUUGAAUAAUGCAUUUGGGCGCUGGCUGUUGAUUCUGAUGGAGCAUUUGCCGCAGCAGAUUCGGGCCGCACAUGCGAACCCGGCGGAAGAUGCUGUGUUUUACCUGGGCCGGGCGAACGGACAGAGAGAGCUGGCAAGACGGUACUUGAGGGAGGUGUUGGGGUUGGAAGAGUUAGGAUGUUGGAUGGAGGAGACGAUAUUUGAUGCGUCAGAGUUGUGGAAAGUGGACGUCGACUGAUCUUAUUGCAAAAGCCUGCUAUCAUUGUGGGACUAUAUACCCUGUCAGGACGGGUUUUCUAACAUAGCUUAGGACAGUCGAAUAGUUCAUUAGAGGCCUAGGAUUUCUUCUAGGAUGUAUAUAAUAUCAAUAGAACUCGGAAGACAGUUUACCAACGAG